AUGAUGCGCCGUCUGACAGAUGUCGCCGUCAAGGGAUGCACGUGUGGAUUACCGCGCCGUCUCACUGGCCACAGGUUCUUCGCUUCUUCCAGCAGCGAAGUCACCACAUCGGGACAGAAACGUCUCCCUGAUGACGACGCUCAUGUCUCUCCGACUCUCAAAAAGUACUUUAAUCAAACACGACUCGCUAUGCAGAUGCCAAUGAUGACGCGCAAGUAUGCUGUCUCCAAGGCUGCCCUCAUUCCCAUUGAUAGUGCCCAAAUCGACCUCCAGGGUCGCAUUUCUGACCCAAUCUUGCGGAGCUGCGGGGAUAUUGGCCUUUUCGGACAGCGCAUGGAUUCCUCCUACAAUGGGAUCGGUCUGAAUGCCCUAGAGUCCACGCGAGUCGCCGAAGCCAUGGGUCUCAACGCUUCUCUGUUUGCUACCUUGACGGCACACGAAGCUCUUGGCACGAAAGCCAUCCAACUGGCAGGCACUGAGGAGCAAAAACGCAAAUAUCUUCCUACCUUGGCUACUGGCGAGAAGAUUGCAGCUUUCUGUCUGGCUGAGGCGAGCAGCGGCUCCGAUCCGCAGCCUUUGCAAUGCCGUGCCGUCCUCUCACCCGAUGGAAAAAGUUACGUGCUCAACGGCCGCAAAAUCUGGGUCACUAAUGGGUCUCGAGCCGACGUUUAUACCGUCUUCGCCCUGAGAACCGUUAAAAAUGACAAGGUAUUGUUCAUACCUCUUCCUUACUUGUGA